AUGGCCUAUAAUGUUGUAGCAGGCUUCGACUACAGGCUCCAGCCAGGUGACCGUGUGUCAGUGUACUGGACUGUGUGCCUUCUCCUACACAUCUGUGUGUUUCAACCAGUUACACACAGGCCUAGUGGUAAUUGUGUUCAUUUUAAAGAAUCCCUUUGUGUGGACACGGAGAGUCCCUCUGAUUCCAGCUGGCCAUCUGUGUGUGAGUGUAUAUUUGUAUGUGUCCGUGUGUGUGUGUGUGUGUGUGUGCAUGUCUGCGCGAGCAGUGUGUGUGUAGGCGAUUAAAGUGUGUGUGAAACAAGUCGGGGCCGAGUGACGCUGCUGCUAGGUUAGAAUGUGUCUAUGCCACGGACUCCAGUCCCCCGCUGGGCUGAGCCACGGACUCCAGUCCCCCGCUGGGCUGAGCCACGGACUCCAGUCCCCCGCUGGGCUGAGCCACGGACUCCAGUCCCCCGCUGGGCUGAGCCACGGACUCCAGUCCCCCGCUGGGCUGAGCCACGGACUCCAGCCCCCCGCUGGGCUGAGCCACGGACUCCAGUCCCCCGCUGGGCUGAGCCACGGACUCCAGUCCCCCGCUGGGCUGAGCCACGGACUCCAGUCCCCCGCUGGGCUGAGCCACGGACUCCAGUCCCCCGCUGGGCUGAGUGCACGGAACCUUGCUCAUAGGAGAAUUGGCUUGGUACUUAAGCUCGAGGUGUUAAGAUAGAGUUAGCCUACUUUCUUGGCAGUCGAGCUUUGACCCUGAUAUAGUGGGGCUUCUCUGUCUCUUCCCUCUCUCUCUCUCUUCCCCUCUCUAUCUCUCCCUCUCUCCUCUCUCUCCUCCACCUCGUCCCCUCCGCCCAGACCCGCUCAUCGAACCCUCCGCCCCAGUCCGUCGACUCCGCGCCCCCCCUCCCCCCCCCCCCGCCCUCCCCUGCUCACCGCCCCCUCGCCCUCACUACCCCCCCCUCCCCCACCCGCCCCUCCCGCCCCCCCGCCGCGCCCCCCCCGACCCACCCCACAAACCCGCAGCCCGCCGAGCGCUCGCCCCUACCCUCCCCUCUCCGCCCCUCCAGAGAGAGUACCGACUCCUCGAGAGCCUAAAUACAGAGAAACCCCUAUAGAGACCCCUCAGAGAAGACGCAGGACGAGGAGAGCGCAAGCGGCCAGUCCAGCCACCUCGAGAUCACCGAGUCACUCCCGCCCCUCGCACCCAGCCGGGGAAAAAAAAGAGAAAAAGGGGCGGGGAAAAAAGGGGGGGGGAAAAAAAAAAAACCCCCCCCCCCCGGCCCCCCCCCCCCCCCCCCCCCCCCCCCCCCCCGGGCCCCCCCCCGAGGGGUUUUUUAAAAAACCCCCGGGGAGAGGGCAAAAAAAAAAAAAAAAAGCGGGGGAGGAGAAAAGGGGCGCGCUCUCCCCCCCCUCUCCCCUUUCCCCCCUUCCCCCUCUCCCUCCUCCUCCCCCUCUCCCUCCCCCCCUCUUCCCCCCCUCCCCCCCCCUCUCCCCUCCUCCCCCUUUUCCCCCCCUCUCCCCUCCCCCCUCCCCCCUCUCCCUCUCCCCCCCUCUUCCCCCCUUCCUCUUUUUUUUCCCCGGGGGGCCUCUCCUCCAUUUCCAAAACCUCUCCUCCCUCUCUCUCUUCCCCUCUCUAUCUCUCCUCUCUCCCUCUCUCCCUCCUCCCUCUCUCCCUCCCUCAUCCCCGCUCCCUCUCUCUCUCUACUCUCCCCUCUCAUGCUCUCUUCCUCCUUCCUUUAAUCUCUUCCUCACUCUCCUCUCCUCUUUUUUCCCCCCCCCUCUCCUCCAAACAAACCGCCUCCCACCUUCCCCGACUCCUCUCCUCCCCCCCGGCUCUCUCCACCUCUCGUCCGCCCCCUCCCCCCCGCCCAGACACCGCACCCCCCCCCUCCAGCCCUCUCGGUCGCCCCCCGCACCUCCCGGCCGAGCCCGCCAUCCACCCCCCCCACCCCUUCCUGGCGGGCGCCCGUACGACCCCACAAAAAAACCCCCCCUCCAAAUAGGCCCCGUACCAACCUCUCCCACUUAGACGACCCCAUCCCUCCGCCAUUCAUCCCUUACCAGCCGCAGCCACUCCCCUGCCACUCCCGCGCCAAGAACUCCGACCCCGCCACUCGCGCGCCCCUCACUCCCCGGAGAGCGGCCCGAGAGACACGUCGGCCUCCACGAAAGCCGUCCCUCUCUACUACCUCAUAUCGCCCCUCUCCUCCUCUCCCCUCCCUAGACUCUCCUUCCUCUCUCCCACUAGACGCCCUCAGCUCUCUCCCUCCCUCUCGCCUCCCUCCAUCCCCUUCCUCACCCCUCCUCCCUCUCCCUCUCUAUACAGUGAGGGAAAAAAGUAUUUGAUCCCCUGCUGAUUUUGUACGUUUGCCCACUGACAAAGAAAUGAUCAGUCGAUAAUUUUAAUGGUAGGUUUAUUUGAACAGUGAGAGACAGAAUAACAACAACAAAAUCCAGAAAAACGCAUGUCAAAAAUGUUAUAAAUUGAUUUGCAUUUUAAUGAGGGAAAUAAGUAUUUGACCCCCUCUCAAUCAGAAAGAUUUCUGGCUCCCAGGUGUCUUUUAUACAGGUAACGAGCUGAGAUUAGGAGCACACUCUUAAAGGGAGUGCUCCUAAUCUCAGCGUGUUACCUGUAUAAAAGACGCCUGUCCACAGAAGCAAUCAAUCAAUCAGAUUCCAAACUCUCCACCAUGGCCAAGACCAAAGAGCUCUCCAAUGAUGUCAGGGACAAGAUUGUAGACCUACACAAGGCUGGAAUGGGCUACAAGACCAUCGCCAAGCAGCUUGGUGAGAAGGUGACAACAGUUGGUGCAAUUAUUCGCAAAUGGAAGAAACACAAAAGAACUGUCAAUCUCCCUCGGCCUCGGGCUCCAUGCAAGAUCUCACCUCGUGGAGUUGCAAUGAUCAUGAGAACGGUGAGGAAUCAGCCCAGAACUACACGGGAGGAUCUUGUCAAUGAUCUCAAGGCAGUUGGGACCAUAGUCACCAAGAAAACAAUUGGUAACACACUACGCCGUGAAGGACUGAAAUCCUGCAGCGCCCGCAAGGUCCCCCUGCUCAAGAAAGCACAUAUACAGGGCCGUCUGAAGUUUAACAAUGAACAUCUGAAUGAUUCAGAGGAGAACUGGGUGAAAGUGUUGUGGUCAGAUGAGACCAAAAUUGAGCUCUUUGGCAUCAACUCAACUCGCCGUGUUUGGAGGAGGAGAAAUGCUGCCUAUGACCCCAAGAACACCAUCCCCACCGUCAAACAUGGAGGUGGAAACAUAAUGCUUUGGGGGUGUUUUUCUGCUAAGGGGACAGGACAACUUAACCGCAUCAAAGGGACGAUGGACAGGGCCAUGUACCGUCAAAUCUUGGGUGAGAACCUCCUUCCCACAGCCAGGGCAUUGAAAAUGGGUCGUGGAUGGGUAUUCCAGCAUGACAAUUACCCAAAAUACACGGCCAAGGCAACAAAGGAGUGGCUCAAGAAGAGGCACAUUAAGGUCCUGGUGUGGCCUAGCCAGUCUCCAGACCUUAAUCCCAUAGAAAAUCUGUGGAGGGAGCUGAAGGUUCGAGUUGCCAAACGUCAGCCUCGAAACCUUAAUGACUUGGAGAAGAUCUGCAAAGAGGAGUGGGACAAAAUCCCUCCUGAGAUGUGUGCAAACCUGGUGGCCAACUACAAGAAACGUCUGACCUCUGUGAUUGCCAACAAGGGUUUUGCCACCAAGUACUAAGUCAUGUUUUGCAGAGGGGUCAAAUACUUAUUUCCCUAAUUAAAAUGCAAAUCAAUUUAUAGCAUUUUUUACAUGCAUUUUUCUGGAUUUUUUUGUUGUUAUUCUGUCUCUCACUGUUCAUAUAAACCUACCAUUAAAAUUAUACACUGAUCAUUUCUUUGUCAGUGGGCAAACGUACAAAAUCAGCAGGGGAUCAAAUACUUUUUUCCCCUCACUCUCUCUCCCUCUCUCCUCCCUAUCUCUCCCUCUCUCUAUCUCUCCCUCUCUCUAUAUCUCCCUCUCUCCUGUCUAUCUCUCCCUCUCUCAUCUCUCUCUCUCCCUGUCUUUCUCUUCUCUCAAAGUAUUUUAAUCCAGUCUCAGUAUUAGGAGCUGGCUCUCCUGUCAGAGGGAGUAGCUAUAGUAACUAUACUGUAGUACAGUGAUCCCAUAGUCAGCAAAUCUCGUACGAGAAUGUGAAGCCUAUUUGCAUUCUGUGUAAUCAGUUAGUUGGAUCUACUUGCUAUCUGUCCCCCUUUGACUUGGUUCAUGUUAGAGUUCUAGCAGACAUUUGGUACACGCUUUGCUUGGUGUUGUAGGUGAGGUUUGACAGGAAGCUGUGUUCAGACAGGUGUGUGUGUGUGUCAGUGCUUGCGCUUGUGUCUGUGUUUCGUGUAGCUGCGGGCCCCAGUCACAUCAGUACCAGGAAACACCCACCACAACCGGAAGCGAAACCAGCCACCUAUAGAAACUCACUGGGGGCUGACGCUAAACACUAAACCCUGUAGGGUGUUCUGUAAACCCUGUAGAGCGUUCUGUAAACCCUGUAGAGCGUUCUGUAAACCCUGUAGAGCGUUCUGUAAACCUUGUAGAGCGUUCUGUAAACCCUGUAGAGCGUUCUGUAAACCUUGUAGAGCAUUCUGUAAACCCUGUAGAGCAUUCUGUAAACCCUGUAGAGCGUUCUGUAAACCCUGUAGAGCAUUCUGUAAACCCUGUAGAGCGUUCUAUAAACCCUGUAGAGCGUUCUGUAAACCCUGUAGAGCGUUCUAUAAACCUUGUAGAGUGUUCUGUAAACCCUGUAGAGCGUUCUGUAAACCCUGUAGAGCGUUCUGUAAACCCUGUAGAGCGUUCUGUAAACCCUGUAGAGCGUUCUGUAAACCUUGUAGAGCGUUCUGUAAACCCUGUAGAGCGUUCUGUAAACCUUGUAGAGCAUUCUGUAAACCCUGUAGAGCAUUCUGUAAACCCUGUAGAGCGUUCUGUAAACCUUGUAGAGCGUUCUGUAAACCCUGUAGAGCGUUCUGUAAACCCUGUAGAGCGUUCUGUAAACCUUGUAGAGCGUUCUGUAAACCUUGUAGAGCAUUCUGUAAACCCUGUAAGCGUUCUGUAAAACCCUGUAGAGCGUUCUGUAAAACCCUGUAGAGCGUUCUGUAAACCCUGUAGAGCGUUCUGUAAAACCUUGUAGAGCGUGUCUGUAAACCUUGUAGAGCGUUCUGUAAACCCUGUAGAGCGUCUUAAACACUGUAAGCGUCUUAAAACCCUGUAGAGCGUUCUGUAAAACCCUGUAGAGCGUUCUGUAAACCCUGUAGAGCGUUCUGUAAACCCUGUAGAGCGUUCUGUAAACCUUGUAGAGCGUUCUGUAAACCCUGUAGAGCGUUCUGUAAACCUUGUAGAGCGUUAUGUAAACCCUGUAGAGCAUUCUGUAAACCCUGUAGAGCAUUCUGUAAACCCUGUAGAGCGUUCUGUAAACCUUGUAGAGCGUUCUGUAAACCCUGUAGAGCGUUCUGUAAACCCUGUAGAGCGUUCUGUAAACCCUAUAGAGCGUUCUGUAAACCUUGUAGAGCGUUCUGUAAACCCUGUAGAGCGUUCUGUAAACCCUGUAGAUCGUUCUGUAAACCCUGUAGAGCGUUCUGUAAACCCUGUAGAUCGUUCUGUAAACCUUGUAGAGCGUUCUGUAAACCAUGUAGAGCAUUCUGUAAACCUUGUAGAGCGUUCUGUAAACCCUGUAGAGCGUUCUGUAAACCCUGUAGAGCGUUCUGUAAAUCCUGUAGAGCGUUCUGUAAACCCUGUAGAUCGUUCUGUAAACCCUGUAGAGCGUUCUGUAAACCCUGUAGAGCGUUCUGUAAACCCUGUAGAGCGUUCUGUAAACCCUGUAGAGCAUUCUGUCAACCCUGUAGAGCGUUCUGUAAACCCUGUAGAGCGUUCUGUAAACAUUGUAGAGCGUUCUGUAAACCCUGUAGAGCAUUCUGUAAACCCUGUAGAGCAUUCUGUAAACCAUGUAGAGCGUUCUGUAAACCUUGUAGAGCGUUCUGUAAACCCUGUAGAGCAUUCUGUAAACCCUGUAGAGCAUUCUGUAAACCCUGUAGAGCGUUCUGUAAACCCUGUAGAGCAUUCUGUAAACCUUGUAGAGCGUUCUGUAAACCCUGUAGAGCAUUCUGUCAACCCUGUAGAGCGUUCUGUAAACCCUGUAGAGCGUUCUGUAAACCUUGUAGAGCGUUCUGUAAACCCUGUAGAGCGUUCUAUAAACCCUGUAGAGCGUUCUGUAAACCCUGUAGAGCAUUCUGUAAACCCUGUAGAGCGUUCUGUAAACCCUGUAGAGCGUUCUGUAACCCUGUAGAGCGUUCUGUAAACCCUGUAGACGUUCUGUAGAGCGUUCUGUAAACCCUGUAGAGCGUUCUGUAAACCCUGUAGAGCGUUCUGUAAACCCUGUAGAGCAUUCUGUAAACCCUGUAGAGCGUUCUGUAAACCCUGUAGAGCGUUCUGUAAACCCUGUAGAGCGUUCUGUAAACCCUGUAGAGCAUUCUGUAAACCCUGUAGAGCAUUCUGUAAACCCUGUGUUCUGACUCAGCUGUGUCUCUGUAGUGGCUUUGCUAGAGUGACUGUGAGCGCUGCACAACUGUGUGUUGGAGGACAUGCAAUGCAACUCACUGCAAACUACACUAGCUACGCUUCAGAUUCUGUUUGUCACCUUACCCAUAAAGCCAACACCUCCUACUAAGGCCUUGAAACCUGUUACUCACCCUCCUUUUCCCGCCUUUUUUGUCUUUUAAUUUUAUCAAAAAAUGAUUGUAAUUGUAAGUGAGUGUUUGUGCAUGUUAUAAUCAGGGGUUGGAACUGGUUCCGGAAAAUAACAAACAUUUUCAAAGACCGAAUCAGAACCGGAACGAAAGUGAUCUAUACUGUUCCAAAACAGAACCGUUAUAUUAAAAGCAUGGGAACCGGUUAAUAACAUUUUUUAACGUUCCGGGAAUUUUUCUUCAGUCCACACAUUUUUUUUUUUAUAUAGGACCUAUGCAAAACCCUUCCUCUGUCAAUCCGAAUCUUCUUCCAGUGUCUGCCUGCCAGCUGAACAUCUUUACCAGUGUGUGUGCGUGUAGGUUACCUGACCCUCCCCCUCCGAAGCAUAGCUGUAGCCCCUCCCCCUCCGAAGCAUAUCUGUAGCCUACUGACAUUACAAGCGUGAUUCAGAAGAUAGGGAGAUUGGUGAAGUAAUUCAAUGUCAAGCUAAAUGUAAAAGAAAAUAUGUUUUUAGAGGUUUAAAAACUUGCUGGUCGGAACAGUGGAACGGAAAGAAAAUAAUAAUGGUUCUGUUCAAAUAAUUUUGGUUCCAACCCCUGGUUAUAAUAAACAAGUUAACUUGUUGAAGUUGAGAUUCUAGUAAUAUCAUUUUGAAAUUGUCAAAGUAGGCCACCACACAAAUACAUUAGCCUAUGAUCUUUCAUUAGCCUCAGAGCUGAAACUAAACGCUCAGCGUGUGUGUGUCAACCUCUUAUCUAUCUAUCUCACACUCUCUAGAGUAGAGCGAGAGCGAGAGUAGAGAGAGAGAUAUUCGAGAGAGAAGAGAGAAGAUCUAUCGAUGCGUAACAUAGGAAAGCUAGAGCGCCGCGUCACACUGUCGAGAGAGCGAUAGUCGAGAUCUAACUCUCGUCUCUCUCUAUCUUCUCCUCUCUCGCUCUCUCUCUCUCUCUCUCUCUCUCUCUCUCACUCUAUCUUGUAUCCUCUCUCUCUCUCUAUCUCUCUAUAUCAUCUUCAUCUCUCUGUCUCUCUCUUCUCUCUAUCUCUAUCUCCUCUCUCUGUCUCUCCUCUCGUCUCUCUCUAUCUCUCUCCCUCUCUGUCUCUCUCUCUGUCUCUCUCUCUGUCUCCUUCUCUCUCUCUCUCUCUCUCUCUCUCUCUCUCUCUACCUCUCUCUUCUCUCUCUCUCUCUCUCUCUCUCUCUGUCUCUCUGUCUCUGUCUCUGUCUCUGUCUCUGUGCUCUUCAGUCUAAGGUGCGGGAGUUGGAAGAUAAGUGUCGCAGCCAGAGUGAACAGUUUGGCCUUCUCAGCCAUGAGCUGGAGGCCUUCAGACUGCACGCCGGCAAACUGGACCUGUCUGGCUCCGCCAUCCUCACUAACCCCGCCCUCUCCCAUCUGACCAACGGGGUGGGCCCCCCUGGAGGUAACCAUAGCAACCACUAUUACUGUCAUGACACUAUUACACGCCAAUGGGCAAUUGUUAUUCCUGUGAUAUCGCCAUAACUAUUAUUACCAUAAUUACACUAUUACACGCCAAUGGGCAACUGUUAUUCCCAUGAUAUCACCACAACUAUUAUAACCAUAUCAUAUUACCGUAAUUACACUAAUACAUUCCUCAUACUCACUCAUAUUCCCCUUAUGAAAUACUCUUCCCAUCCCAAUAAAUGUAUAUCUUCAUAUGGCCUUUGUAUACCCUGUUGGGCUCCUUUGAAAUACUACUACCGAAUCUCCCUCAGACACAGCUUACCCAUAUGGUCUAUAGUUUGUACCAAGAUUAAUUUUACACUUGAAGAUUGCUAAACUAACGUGUUUGUUCCAACUUGGAGCCAAUAGCUAGGAUUCCAUACAAUUAAAUGAUUCCAUGAUGGCUUUGAAAGGGUCACUUUGAAGCGUCUACGAAUCUGACUGCAGACCAGUUGAGGACAUAUGUUAUGUUUGUACAUAGUGUUCACACGUGAGCUUGUAAAAGGUAGUCCUAAAGUGCUCCAUGUAGCUAGGAGUAUUAUCAAAUGCCAUCGCCAUGCAGUUGAAAGGGAUCCACAUUCAUGCAGUCACUAUGCAGACCUAUAGACAUCCUGCCCAGCUGCAAGAUCCAGCCUAUGACCAACCAUCCAUCCAUCAAUCCAUCACCAUCAUCCAUCCACCAUCACCAUCCAUCCACAUCCAUCACAGCCACCAUCCAGCCAGCAUGCCAUCAAUAUCCAGCCAGCCAGCCAUCACAUCAUCAAUCCAUCCAUCCAUCCAUCACAUCCAUCCAUCCAUCACAUCACCAUCCAUCCAUCCAUCCAUCCAUCAUCCAUCCAUAUAUCCAUUCCAUCCAUCCAUCCAUCCACCAUCCUAUCCAUCCAUCCAUCCAUCCAUCCAUCCAUCCAUUCCCCAUCCAUGCGCAGUAGCUGUGCUGUUAGUGUUUUAGAUCAAGGUGGCCCAUGGGAUGAUAUGAACUCUCUGGGUGAUGUGGCCUUCUGGAGUCUGGAGGAGAGAGAUACUCUCCCCUGUGACCCCUUUCUACCGUGUACUGGUAUUGUUGGCUCAUUGACUGUCCCUGUUACUGCUACCGUGAGCACUGUCACCCCCUGUUACUGCUACCGUGAGCACUGUCACCCCCUGUCCUGGUGAGCACUGUCACCCCCUGUCCUGGUGAGCACUGUCACCCCCUGUCCUGGUGAGCACUGUCACCCCCUGUCCUGGUGAGCACUGUCACCCCCUGUCCUGGUGAGCACUGUCACCCCCUGUCCUGGUCUUGUCUGGUACCUGAAGUCACUGUUAGUUCCAUUCUAACGACCCACAAAAUCACAGUCCGAAUACCCAUACUAGGGUACUACAUACUUAAACAGCAUACUUUACUCUACAUACUUAAACAGCAUACUUUACUCAUCGUCACAUACUAUUUAGCACGUAGCGUUUAGUAAAAAGUAUACAAUAUGCCACAGCCAUCGGUACCGGCUCCUGACAGUAGGUGGGGCGGGGCCGAGUGCGGAUGGCUUUUUUCCAAAUUCAACAUACAUGCAUCUCAUUAACCAACCUGAUAAUAGCUCAUUUCCAAUUUGAUUAAUUUCUCUAAACUCUGAAUAGAAUAGGAAUGGAGUCAUAGGCCUACUGAGGCUGGUUAUAGGCAGGCUAUCACAUUCUACCUACACCCUAGUACAGUGUUUCCCAAUUCCCCAACAUGAGGAGACAUGAAAUGUUAUGUAGUUACGCUGCAUCUCUAUACAAAAACACUGUCCGACAGCUAGAUCCGGGAUUCUUACAGGGUUCAAGUUCAAUGUCUAAUUUAACUGAUUAAUGCUCUUCUACAGUGCAUUCGGAAAGUAUUCAGACCCCUUGACUUUUUCUGCAUUUUGUUACAUUACAGCCUUAUUCUAAAAUUGAUUAAAUCGUUUUUUUCCCUCAUAAAUCUACACACAAAUACCCCAUAAUGACAAAGCAAAAACAGGUUUUUAGACAUUUUUGUAAAUGUAUAAAAAAAUCAAAAACUGAAAUAUUACAUUUACAUAAGUAUUCAGACCCUUUACUCAGUACUUUGUUGAAGCACCUUUGGCAGCGAUUACAGCCUAGAGUCUUCUUGGGUAUGACACUACAAGCUUGGCACACCUGUAUUUGGGGAGUUUCUCCCAUUCUUCUCUGCAGAUCCUCUCAAGCUCUGUCAGGUUGGAUGGGGAGGGUCGCUGCACAGCUAUUUUCAGGUCUUUUCAGAGAAGUUUGAUCGUGUUUAAGUCCGGGCUCUGGCUGGGCCACUCAAGGACAUUCAGAGACUUAUCCCGAAGCUACUCCUGCGUUGUCUUGGCUGUGUGCUUAGGGUCGUUGUCCUGUUGGAAGGUAAACCUUCACCCCAGUCUGAGGUUCUGAGCUCUCUGGAGCAGGUUUUCAUCAAGGAUCUCUCUGUACUUUGCUCCAUUCAUCUUUCCCUUGAUCCUGACUAGUCUACCAGUCCCUGCCGCUGAAAAACAUCCCCCACAGCAUGAUGCUGACACCACCAUGCUUCACGUAGGGAUGGAGCCAGGUUUCCUCCAGACGUGACACUUGGCAUUCAGGCCAAAGAGUUCAAUCUUGGUUUCAUCAGACCAGAGAAUCUUUUUCUCACGGUCUGAGAGUCCUUUAGGUGCCUUUUGCCAAACUCUAAGCGGGCUGUCAUGUGCCUUUUACUGAGGAGUGGCUUCUGUCUGGCCACUAACAUGAAGGCCUGAUUGGUGGAGUGCUGCAGCGAUGGUUGUCCUUCUGGAAGGUUCUCCCAUCUCCACAGAGGAACUCUGGAGCUCUGUCAGAAUGACCAUCGGGUUCUUGGUCACUUCCCUGACCAAGGCCCUUCUUCCCCGAUUGCUCAGUUUGGCUGGGCGGCCAGCUCUUGGUAGUUCCAAACUUCUUCCAUUGAAGAAUGAUGGAGGCCACUGUGUUCUUGGGGACCUUCAAUGCUGCAGAAAUGUUUUGGUACCCUUCCCCAGAUCUGUUCCUCAACACAAUCCUGUCUCGGAGCUCUCUACGGACAAUUCCUUCGACCUCAUGGCUUGGUUUUUGCUCUGACAUGCACUGUCAACUGUGGGACCUUAUAUAGACAGGUGUGUUGCUUUCCAAAUCAUGUCCAAUCAAUUGAAUUUACCACAGGUGGACUCCAAUCAAGUUGUAGAAACAAUUUGCAAAAAUUUCUAAAAUGCUGUUUUCGCUUUGUAAUUAUGGGGUAUUGUGUGUAGAUUGAGGAUUUUUAUUGAUUUAAUCAAUUUUAGAAUAAGGCUGUAACGUAACAAAUGAGGAAUAAGUGAAGGGGUCUGAAAACUUUCCAAAUGCACUGUAUAUAAACCCUGGAUUGCUGAUGCUAUGUAUUGGCCAAUGAGAGGCUUUGAAGCCACCGGUCAGCCAUAUUGUCACUCCCCAGUAGCAGCAGCCCUCCAUAGGAAUGAAUGGGAAUCUACAGUAUUUCAAUUAAAUGUUUCAAGGACAAAAAUUACAUCUAUUUAAGUAUUUUGUUGUUGUUGUAGUGGGGACAGUAACAUUAAUAAUCUCAAAAAAUUAUAUUUCAAGGAAAAUGUUUGUAUAUAUUUUAGUCCUUUAAAAAAAAAAAUGUUUAGUUCACAUAAUACAUUUUAAAGUAUGCACUAAGGUGUCUGUAAUAGAAUAAACGUGGAAUAAAUGCAUUUCUGUAGCUUACAAAAUAUUUUUUAUAACGGCGGGGGAGAGCCAAGAUGGAGGCGCAGUGGCUUCAACACAGCACCCCCUAUCAGUCACGUAGUGUAUAUAUAAAUCAUUGGAUGUGCCAUGUACGGUGCUGUGCUUGGGGGUUGUGACCUCGAAGCACAGAGACAGAUGGAGACAGGAGGGUUUUACUCCACUGUUUAAUCAGCCAGGGAUGACCUAGGCCCGCCUGCCUUCACCACCUUCACAUCCUACUGGUCACCUAGCAGCCUGCGCACCCAACCACACACCAACCAUCUAGCUAACUACAAACAGGAGACUGGGGUUAGAUGGGAAUAUUUGUGGCCUGGUGUGACCAGCGGUCUAGGCCACUGCCUCCAGAACACAUGUGCUGCUGCUCGCAUGGGUUCCGAUCCAACCCACUGCUCUUCUAGCACGCUCUCUCACCCUACCUUUCCUCUCACUCUGUCACUGUCCUACCUAAUAAACGUGAAAAACCAGAAGAGGUGUAUGUUUGCUCAUGAAGUGUCUUCCUCCUCCUAGAUGUGGCAGCAACUCUCCGGAUGGGGGCCACCCCUCACGCUGCGGGUCUCACGCGCUCCCCCACCACCAAGCACCGUGAGCUGCCCACCAUCAGCCUGACCAAGUCCUCCAGCACCCCCAAGUCUGCCUCUGACACCACCCACCUCUCCCCCAAAUCAGCCGAGUCCCACCACAGCCCACGCAGGACCAGCCCCACGCCACACGAGGUGAGACCACCAGCAAUGUUUCACAUCAUUCAUUCACUACUCACUAGGGGAGAAUCACUACUCACUAGGGAUAAUCACUACUCACUAGGGGAGAAUCACUACUCACUAGGGAGAAUCACUACUCACUAGGGAGAAUCACUACUCACUAGGGGAGAAUCACUACUCACUAGGGAGAAUCACUACUCACUAGGGAGAAUCACUACUCACUAGGGAGAAUCACUACUCACUAGGGGAGAAUCACUACUCACUAGGGAGAAUCACUACUCACUAGGGAGAAUCACUACUCACUAGGGGAGAAUCACUACUCACUAGGGAGAAUCACUACUCACUAGGGAGAAUCACUACUCACUAGGGAGAAUCACUACUCACUAGGGAGAAUCACUACUCACUAGGGGAGAAUCACUACUCACUAGGGAGAAUAACUACCUCAACCUAGGGAGAAUCACUACUCACUAGGGGGAGAAUCACUACUCACUAGGGGAGAAUCACUACUCACUAGGGAGAAAUCACUACUCACUAGGGGAGAAUCACUAUCACUAGGGAGAAUCACUACUCACUAGGGAGAAUCACUACUCACUAGGGAGAAUCACUACUCACUAGGGGAGAAUCACUACUCACUAGGGAGAAUCACUACUCACUAGGGAGAAAUCACUACUCACUAGGGAGAAUCACUACUCACUAGGGGAGAAUCACUACUCCACUAGGGGAGGAAUCACUACUCACUAGGGAGAGAAUCACUACUCACUAGGGAGAAUCACUACUCACUAGGGGAGAAUCACUACUCACUAGGGAGGGAAUCAACUACUCACUAGGGAGAAAUCACUACUCACUAGGGGAGAAUCACUACUCACUAGGGGAGAAUCACUACUCACUAGGCGAAUCACUACUCACUAGGGAGAAUCACUACUCACUAGGGGAGAAUCACUACUCACUAGGGGAGAAUCACUACUCACUAGGGAGAAUCACUACUCACUAGGGAGAAUCACUACUCACUAGGGAGAAUCACUACUCACUAGGGAGAAUCACUACUCACUAGGGGAGAAUCACUACUCACUAGGGGAGAAUCACUACUCACUAGGGGAGAAUCACUACUCACUAGGGAGAAUCACUACUCACUAGGGAGAAUCACUACUCACUAGGGGAGAAUCACUACUCACUAGGGAGAAUCACUACUCACUAGGGAGAAAUCACUACUCACUAGGGAGAAUCACUACUCACUAGGGAGAAUCACUACUCACUAGGGAGAAUCACUACUCACUAGGGGAGAAUCACUACUCACUAGGGAGAAUCACUACUCACUAGGGAGAAUCACUACUCACUAGGGGAGAAUCACUACUCACUAGGGGAGAAUCACUACUCAACUAGGGAGAAUCACUACUCAUAGGGAGAAUCACUACUCACUAGGGGAGAAUCACUACUCACUAGGGAGAAUCACUACUCACUAGGGAGAAUCACUACUCACUAGGGGAGAAUCCACUACUCACUAGGGGAGAAUCACUACUACACUAGGGAGAAAUCACUACUCACUAGGGAGAAUCACUACUCACUAGGGGAUAAUCACUUACUCACUAGGGAGAAUCACUACUCACUAGGGAGAAUCACUACUCACUAGGAGAAUCAUACUCACUAGGGAGAAUCACUACUCACUAGGGAGGAAUCACUACUCAUAGGGAGAAUCACUACUCACUAGGGAGAAUCACUACUCACUAGGGGAGAAAUCACUACUCACUAGGGAGGAGAAUCACUACUCACUAGGGGAGAAUCACUACUCACUAGGGAGAAUCACUACUCACUAGGGGAGAUCACUACUCACUAGGGAGAAUCACUACUCACUAGGGAGAACUCACUACUCACUAGGGAGAAUCACUACUCACUAGGGGAGAAUCACUACUCACUAGGGAGAAUCACUACUCACUAGGGAGAAUCAACUACUCACUAGGGGAAGAUCACUACUCACUAGGGAGAAUCACUACUCACUAAGGGAGAAUCACUACUCACUAGGGAGAAUCACUACUCACUAGGGGAGAAUCACUACUCAAUAGGGGAGAAUCACUACUCACUAGGGAGAAUCACUACUCACUAGGGAGAAUCACUACUCACUAGGGAGAAUCACUACUCACUAGGGGAGAAUCACUACUCACUAGGGAGAAUCACUACUCACUAGGGAGAAUCACUACUCACUAGGGGAGAAUCACUACUCACUAGGAGAAUCCUACUCACUAGGGAGAAUCACUACUCACUAGGGAGAAUCACUACUCACUAGGGAGAAUCACUACUCACUAGGGAGAAUCACUACUCACUAGGGAGAAUCACUACUCACUAGGGGAGAAUCACUACUCACUAGGGAGAAUCACUACCACUAGGGAGAAUCACUACUCACUAGGGAGAAUCACUACUCAUAGGGGAGAAUCACUACUCACUAGGGAGAAUCACUACUCACUAGGGAGAAUCAUACUCACUAGGGAGAUCACUACUCACUGGAGAUCACUACUCACUAGGGAGAAUCACUACUCACUAGGGGAGAAUCACUACUCACUAGGGAGAAUCACUACUCACUAGGGAGAAUCACUACUCACUAGGGAGAAUCACUAUCACUAGGGGAGAAUCACUACUCACUAGGGAGAAUCACUACUCACUAGGGGAGAAUCACUACUCACUAGGGGAGAAUCACUAAUCACUAGGGAGAAUCAACUCAAUAGGAAUCACUACUCACUAGGGGAGAAUCACUACUCACUAGGGGAGAAUCAUAACUCACUAGGGAGAAUCACUACUCACUAGGGAGAAUCACUACUCACUAGGGGAGAAUCACUACUCACUAGGGGAGAAUCACUACUCACUAGGGAGAAUCACUACUCACUAGGGAGAAUCACUACUCACUAGGGGAGAAUCACUACUCACUAGGGAGAUCACUACUCACUAGGGAGAAUCACUACUCACUAGGGAGAAUCAAUACUCACUAGGGGAGAAUAGGGGAGAAUCACUACUCAUAGGGAGAAAUCACUACUCACUAGGGAGAAUCACUACUCACUAGGGAGAAUCACUACUCACUAGGGGAGAAUCACUACUCACUAGGGGAGAAUCACUACUCACUAGGGAGAAUCAUUACGCACUAGGGAGAAUCACUACUCACUAGGGAGAAUCACUACUCACUAGGGGAGAAUCACUACUCACUAGGGAGAAUCACUACUCACUAGGGGAGAAUCACUACUCACUAGGGAGAAUCACUACUCACUAGGGAGAAUCACUACUCACUAGGGGAGAAUCACUACUCACUAGGGAGAAUCACUACUCACUAGGGAGAAUCACUACUCACUAGGGGAGAAUCACUACUCACUAGGGGAGAAUCACUACUCACUAGGGAGAAUCACUACUCACUAGGGAGAAUCACUACUCACUAGGGGAGAAUCACUACUCAAUAGGGGAGAAUCACUACUCACUAGGGAGAAUCACUACUCACUAGGGAGAAUCACUACUCACUAGGGAGAAUCACUACUCACUAGGGGAGAAUCACUACUCACUAGGGGAGAAUCCUACCACUAGGGAGAAUCACUACUCACUAGGGAGAAUCACUACUCACUAGGGAGAAUCACUACUCACUAGGGAGAAUCACUACUCACUAGGGGAGAAUCACUACUCACUAGGGAGAAUCACUACUCACUAGGGAGAAUCACUACUCACUAGGGGAGAAUCACUACUCACUAGGGAGAAUCACUACUCACUAGGGAGAAUCACUACUCACUAGGGAGAAUCACUACUCACUAGGGAGAAUCACUACUCACUAUAUAUUAGACAUGCCACUGACAUCUUUAGUCAUGAGAAUAAUUGCUAAGCUAUUUUCAAUCAAUUGGGCUCAAAUCUUCCUCAAGUCCUCAAGAUCAAACCACUCAUGGAUUGUCUCCUCUAAAUGGCAUUAUCAUUCCUAUGGAUUUGCAUGUCAGACUUCAUGGAUUAAAAAAACGUCAUUAGCCUUUUUCUCUCUCUCUCAUGGCACUGACUGUCCUAGCUAAGGAUGAAAUAAACAAUGGCAAAUACAGCACAUACAGUGUUAGAGAUAACAGAAUAGGACCUAGUUGAGGUUGGGGGGUCUGUCUGCUAUCAGUGUUAGAGAUAACAGGGUUUGGCCGGCCGGGAUUUCCUUGUCCCAUCACGCUCUAGUGACUCCUUGUGGCGGGCCGGGCGCCUGCAAGCUGACCUCGGUCGCCAGCUGGACGGUGUUUCCUCCGACGCAUUGGUGCGGCUUGCUUCCGGGUUAAGCAAGCAGUGUGUCAAGAAGCAGUGCGGCUUGGCAGGGUCGUGUUUCGGAGGACACAUGGCUCUCGACCUUCACCUGUCCCGAGUCCGUAGGGGAGAUGCAGCGAUGCGACAAGACUAUAACUACCAAUUGGGAAGAAAAAGGGGUAAAAGUACAAAAAAAAGUAUUAAAAAAAAACAAAAAGGACAGAAUAGGACAUUGUUGAGGUUGGCUGAUCUAAGUCUUCUCUCAUUCAGUUUCCAGCUUUGUGCAUUAACUUUUUUCUGUCUCUCUCACAUGGCACUAUAGUGUAGCACAUCCAGUCUCUCUGUAGUGGGUAUCUAUCCUCCCUCUCAUCCAGUCUCUCUGUAGUAUCUAUCCUCCUUCUCAUCCAGUCUCUCUGUAGUGUCUAUCCUCCUCAUCCAGUCUCUCUGUAGUGGGUAUCUAUCCUCCCUCUCAUCCAGUCUCUCUGUAGUGGGUAUCUAUCCUCCCUCUCAUCCAGUCUCUCCAUAUUGGGUAUCUAUCCUCCUUCUCAUCCAGUCUCUCCAUAUUGGGUAUCUAUCCUCCCUCUCAUCCAGUCUCUCUGUAGUGGGUAUCUAUCCUCCCUCUCAUCCAGUCUCUCUGUAGUGGGUAUCUAUCCUCCCUCUCAUCCAGUCUCUCUGUAGUGGGUAUCUAUCCUCCCUCUCAUCCAGUCUCUCUGUAGUAUCUAUCCUCCUUCUCAUCCAGUCUCUCUGUAGUGUCUAUCCUCCUCAUCCAGUCUCUCUGUAGUGGGUAUCUAUCCUCCUUCUCAUCCAGUCUCUCUGUAGUGGGUAUAUAUCCUCCCUCUCAUCCAGUCUCUCUGUAGUGGGUAUCCUCCCUCUCAUCCAGUCUCUCUGUAGUGGGUAUCUAUCCUCCCUCUCAUCCAGUCUCUCUGUAGUGGGUAUCUAUCCUCCCUCUCAUCCAGUCUCUCUGUAGUGGGUAUCUAUCCUCCCUCUCAUCCAGUCUCUCUGUAGUGGGUAUCUAUCCUCCUUCUCAUCCAGUCUCUCUGUAGUGGGUAUCUAUCCUCCUUCUCAUCCAGUCUCUCUGUAGUGGGUAUCUAUCCUCCUUCUCAUCCAGUCUCUCUGUAGUGUCUAUCCUCCUCAUCCAGUCUCUCUGUAGUGGGUAUCUAUCCUCCUUCUCAUCCAGUCUCUCUGUAGUGGGUAUCUAUCCUCCCUCUCAUCCAGUCUCUCUGUAGUGGGUAUCUAUCCUCCUUCUCAUCCAGUCUCUCUGUAGUGGGUAUCUAUCCUCCCUCUCAUCCAGUCUCUCUGUAGUAUCUAUCCUCCUUCUCAUCCAGUCUCUCUGUAGUGGGUAUCUAUCCUCCCUCUCAUCCAGUCUCUCUGUAGUGUCUAUCCUCCCUCUCAUCCAGUCUCUCUGUAGUGUCUAUCCUCCCUCUCAUCCAGUCUCUCUGUAGUGGGUAUCUAUCCUCCCUCUCAUCCAGUCUCUCUGUAGUGGGUAUCUAUUCUCCUUCUCAUCCAGUCUCUCUGUAGUGUCUAUCCUCCCUCUCAUCCAGUAUCUCUGUAGUGGGUAUCUAUCCUCCCUAUCAUCCAGUCUCUCUGUAGUGGGUAUCUAUCCUCCCUCUCAUCCAGUCUCUCUGUAGUGGGUAUCUAUCCUCCUUCUCAUCCAGUCUCUCUGUAGUGGGUAUCUAUCCUCCUUCUCAUCCAGUCUCUCUGUAGUAUCUAUCCUCCUUCUCAUCCAGUCUCUCUGUAGUAUCUAUCCUCCCUCUCAUCCAGUCUCUCUGUAGUGUCUAUCCUCCCUCUCAUCCAGUCUCUCUGUAGUGGGUAUCUAUCCUCCUUCUCAUCCAGUCUCUCUGUAGUGUCUAUCCUCCUUCUCAUCCAGUCUCUCUGUAGUAUCUAUCCUCCUUCUCAUCCAGUCUCUCUGUAGUAUCUAUCCUCCCUCUCAUCCAGUCUCUCUGUAGUAUCUAUCCUCCUUCUCAUCCAGUCUCUCUGUAGUAUCUAUCCUCCCUCUCAUCCAGUCUCUCUGUAGUAUCUAUCCUCCUUCUCAUCCAGUCUCUCUGUAGUGUCUAUCCUCCCUCUCAUCCAGUCUCUCUGUAGUGGGUAUCUAUCCUCCUUCUCAUCCAGUCUCUCUGUAGUGGGUAUAUAUCCUCCUUCUCAUCCAGUCUCUCUGUAGUGUCUAUCCUCCUUCUCAUCCAGUCUCUCUGUAGUAUCUAUCCUCCUUCUCAUCCAGUCUCUCUGUAGUAUCUAUCCUCCCUCUCAUCCAGUCUCUCUGUAGUAUCUAUCCUCCUUCUCAUCCAGUCUCUCUGUAGUAUCUAUCCUCCCUCUCAUCCAGUCUCUCUGUACUAUCUAUCCUCCUUCUCAUCCAGUCUCUCUGUAGUGUCUAUCCUCCCUCUCAUCCAGUCUCUCUGUAGUGGGUAUAUAUCCUCCUUCUCAUCCAGUUUCUCUGUAGUGGGUAUCUAUCCUCCUUCUCAUCCAGUCUCUCUGUAGUGGGUAUCUAUCCUCCUUCUCAUCCAGUCUCUCUGUAGUGGGUAUCCUCCCUCUCAUCCAUCCAUCCAUCCAUCCAUCCAUCCAUCCAUCCAUCCAGCCAGCCAGCCAGCCAGCCAGGCAGCCAGCCAGCCAGCCAGGCACUACCAGCAGCUGGCCCUCUAAAGAUCAUAUUUAGUGAGAUAAUCCCACUGCUCUGGAUUCUGCUGUGGAUUAUGAAGGAUGUAGUAGUUGUACGUGAUUAUCCUGAAAAGGUUUUUCCCAGGCAGGGAGCUGGAAAUAUGAUGUCUGUUUUCUCAUUGUUUAUGUGUAGUUUAUCAUUCAUACCCUAUAACUAGUCAUACAACCAGACGAUGAACGAACACACUCAACAUCUGUAUCGGUGCGUUUGUAUAUCAGUGUGUGUAUCGGAACCCUAUCAGCCCUGGUCAAAAAGUAGUGCACUAUAUAGGGAAGUAGUGCACUAUAUAGGGAAGUAGUGCACUGUAGCCUAUAGGGAAUAGUGUGCCAUUUAAUCCGACUGGCAGCCUAUGUUUGUGUCGCCCUGCAGUAUUAGCCAGAGGGAAACAUAGGCGGUCAUCAUUAAGCUGACGCUGGGAGCAUUUUGAGAGAAGAGAAGGUUCUGUUUAAGCAGGUUGUUAGUGGCCAAUGUCCCAAUCCACUGUGAAUUGUGACCACACGUUAUACAUGAAUCUCUUUGCACAAUCUCUGAUGUAGAGGGAGAAAGUCGAGGGUAGAAAAACAAUACAUCAUGCGUGUGGCCUUCUACUAUUCAGGAGGCAUUGAUCCAGCCAGGGGUUGGGAAGGUUUUGACUUGCUGGCAGCUCAAAGUUCCAAUACAAAGUAUAUACCACUUAGCAAGCGCUUUUAUCCAAAGCUACUUACAUUCCAGUGAGCGCAUACAUAUUUUGCAUGAAUAUGUAAUAUGUUCCUGACUAGGAAUGGACAAAACCCCUGCAGGGAUUUAGAUUGCUAGCGCCAAGCCACUUACCCGCACAACAGGUUUCCAGUGCCUCAUUGUUGACUGUCAUGUUGUCAGGUUGACACGGCCAGUGAAGUGGAGGAGUUGGACAUUGAUGUGUCCCCAGCACCUUACACCGCUCCCAGAGGAGCUUCCCAGCUACAGGUCUUCAUUGCCAGAUACAGGUAAGGACUGGCAGACACAGCUUUGGCCAAAGCAGCAGUAUGCCUUCACUAUGUUGUUGAUUUAUUUUUUUAUUUAACCUUUAUUUAACUAGGCAAGUCAGUUAAGAACAAAUUCUUAUUUACAAUGACGGCAUACACCGGCCAAACCCGGACGACGCUGGGCCAAUUGUUGCGCCGCCCCUAUGGGACUCCCAAUCACAGCCGGUUGUGAUACAGCCUGGAAUCGAACCAGGGGGUCUGUAGUGACGCCUCAAGCACUGAGACGCAGUGCCUUAGACCGCCGCGCCACUCGGGAGCCCAAACGUGUUGUUGAUUUCUCCAAGUUAUUGUUUAUAUGUUAGUUUUAGUGGUGUUAGUUAGUAGAAAAAAAUUGAAGACCAGUUAUGUUUCUCGGUAUACAACAGUAACAAUAAAAUGAGAUGAGUUGUGUUUCUAAUACAUAAGUGUUGAUAACGUGGCUUUAUUUUUCUCCAGCUAUAACCCCUAUGAUGGUCCUAAUGAUGGGGUGGAGCUACCACUCACCGCUGGGGAGUACAUCUAUGUUUAUGGCGGUAUGGAUGACGACGGCUUCUAUGAAGGUGAGCCUUCUCCAAAAACGUUUUAACACUGAAAGUUAAAAAAAUAAUGAACACUGAAAUGUUAACACUGAGAGUUUUUAGUGUCUUGAAACGAUUUACCAAACACAAGUCCUCUCUCUCUCUCUCUCUGUGUCCCUCUUCAGGAGAGCUGAUGGACGGGCGGAGAGGGCUGGUCCCCUCCAACUUUGUGGAGCGCGUCUCAGACGACGACAUGAUGAGCGCCCACUUUCCAGAGGGCACGGACAUGUCCCACAACUCCCUGCUGGACAGCAGCCUGCACAGCGCCAGUCACCAGCACCACCUCUGCCUGGGGGGCCCCGUAACCUCUGAGAGGACUGACCCUACGUCAGCAGUCUCCGUCCCCUCAGUGGAGCAGGUCUCCUCGGACCCCUCCCUCCCAGACCUCCUUUCCCCAGCCCCCCUCACCAACGGCCUGGAUCUGGACCUAGAGGUGGGGGUGGACACUGUGCCUUACCCGCGCAAGCUCACCCUCAUCAAGCAGCUGGCCAAGAGCAUCAUCAUCGGCUGGGACGGGCCGCUGGUGCCGGCGGGCUGGGGCAACGUGUGGAGCUACAAUGUGUACGUGGACCAGGAGCUGAGGCUCAACGUGCCCUUCGGCUCCCAGACUAAAGCUGUCCUGGAGAGACUAGACGUCAACCUCAAGGCCUACCGGGUGUCUGUACAGAGCCUGACGGAGCGCGGCAGCUCGGACCAGCUCCGUUGCUCAUUACUGGUGGGUAGGGACGUGUGUGUGGCGCCUACCCAGCUCAGAGUCCACCGGGUCACCGCCACCUCGGCCAGCCUGGCCUGGCUGCCUAGCAACAGUAACUAUGUGCACAUUGUGUCCUUGAACGAGGAGGAGAUGGAGCUGGUGAAGGCUGGCAGCUACUCACUGUGCCUCAGUAACCUCACGCCCAGCCUUCACUACACAGUCAAGGUGGAGGCUCAGCCGCCUCAAACCCCCUGGGAGAUACCCCAGGAGAGACGGGAACACAAGACCGCCAUCACCACCUUCACCACGUUGGCCGCAGGUACGUGAGCGAGACAGGGGAGAGAGAUACUGGAGAUCAGAGAUACACUACUCAAGUCUGAGUAGGGGGGGGCUGAAGAAUUGCUGGUUUUUAUACUCUACAUGAAAGCUAGUUUGAUUCAUGUCAGUGAUUGGCCAGAGAUUCCACUCAACUGGUGUCCCCCCCGGUCUUUAAAACAGUCCCUGAUUAGAGAGGAGGAAUGUAGUCAGGGGCUGUUUAAGAGCUGAUAUUUCCUUGUGGUUUGAUGUUUAACCCCUCCUCUCCCAGGCCCCCCAGACGCUCCUCUGGACGUGCAGCUGGAGCAGGGGCCCUCCCCGGGCAUCGCUCUCAUCAGCUGGCUGCCUGUCACCAUCGAUGCUGCUGGGACCUCCAACGGAGUUCGCGUCACCGGAUACACAAUCUACGCUGACAAGAAAAAGGUGAGCGCUGUAGUAUUAUUCCCCCGAUUGGUCAGUUUGGCCGGGCGGCCAGCUCUAGGAAGAGUCUUGGUGGUUCCAAACUUCUUCCAUUUAAGAGUAAUGGAGGCCACUGUGUUCUUGGGGACCUUCAAUGCUGCAUAUUAUUAUUAUUAUAUUAUGGUAUUGUGUUUCUGCACUGGAAACAGAGCGGAGUGUUUUAGGUUUUGGAUGUAAUGGGGCUGAAAUUAUGCUGGAAGGGAAAUGCUUCUGAAAUGAGUUUGAAUUGGUGUGUCUGUCAGGCCAGUGUUUUAGGAGAGGUUCUGUGCUCUAAAUGCCCAUUGAGUAUGUGUUGCUGUCUUUCUCAAGACAGCGGUGUGUGUUUUAAGUGUUCCACAGUAUUUGGGGUGCUUCAGCUUCGACUCUAAUGAUGUCUUGUCCUGAUGCUGACUUUUGUAUUGUUUGUGUCAGAUGUGUUUUAUGUCUCUGUGUGAGGAUAGUGUGUGUAGAGAGUGUGUGUCUGACCCCUCCCCUCUCCUGCCAUUCCCUAGGUGUUGGAGGUGUCGUCCCCCACGGCGGGCAGUGCCCUGAUGGGCCCGUCUCAGAUCCAGUCCCUGAUGGCAGCCCACGAGCUCACCGUGCGCACCGUGUCUGCCCACGGGGAGUCCACCGACUCUGUGCCAGUCAACGUGCCCGCCAAGUUGGCCGCCAUCAUGACGGGCCAGGCUUCGGCCACCUCCGCAUCCUGCUCCUCAUCACCCCCCGUUCACCAGUCACCCCCUGUCCACCAGUCGCCAGCCUACCAGUCACCUGCUGUCCACCAGUCUCCCCCCUUCCUGUCUUCGUCACCACCCGUCCAGCCCCAAUCCCCGUCCUACGGGAACUCAGCUGCCAAAGUCUCCACGCUGCCCUACGCCACUGCCUCGCCACCACUAGACGUCGCACACGCCAUGGGCCCCAACGGGGGGCUGCCCUCUGCCAACUCUCCCCCAGUCCACGCUCUCCACACAGAGGCCUCCUCCCCGCACCCUGCCUCGUACGCGGAGGUCUGGGCUAACCCCUUAGCAAAGUCUCCUGCCCCCCCUCAGGCUGCCUUGGCAGUGCAUGAGGCUAUGUCACCUCCAGUAGCACCAAACUAUCAGGUCAAGUUACCAUCAGUACCGUCAGCCUAUGAGGCCAUGAUGUCACCACCAAUACAACCAGCCUAUCAGGCCAUGCUACCACCAGCCUCUCACAUCAACACAACGGUACGUACAACAAUGCUUAAACACCUGCUCUAGAACUUUUAUUUAGAACUCUAGAACUCAGCUGCUGUAGAUUUCUCGUCUAGAACUCUAGAACUCACCUGCUAUAGAACUGUCAUCAAGACCUCACCUGCUCUAGAACUCUCAUCUAGAACUCUAGAACUAACCUGCUCUAGAGCUCUCAUCUAGAACUCUCAUGUAGAACUCUAGAACUCAGCUGCUCUAGGAUGCUCAUCUAGAACUCACCUGCUCUAGAAUGCUCAUCUAGUACUCUAGAACUCACCUACUCUAGAACACUCAUCUAGAACUCUAGAACUCACCUGUCAUUAUCUAGUCUACAUUAUUGUAACUAUGUUAACUAAGUGUACAUAAUACUGUACAUACUGUAUUGUCUGUUCUCCUUGCCCCCCAACCAGAGCCCACGUCUAAGCUCAGCAGCAGCGAUGGAGCAGAGCAGAGCAGACACAGACAGCCCCGGAGUUCCCCGUCCCGUCAUGUCCAUCACAGACUUUUUCCCUGUGGAGGACUACUCCCGUGCCAACCUUUCAACCCCUGAGCCCUACCCCACCCCGCCCAAGGCCCCUGUGGCCCCCGCUGGGGACCUCAUCAAUCACCUGGACUCACACCAUCUCCAGCCCCCCAAAGCCCCCUCUCCCCUGGAGUCAGAGCCAGACUACUCCAUGGAGAGGUCGACCACACGCCUGGAGUCCAUGGAGGAGUUCCUCAGGCAGGACCAGGACGCAGGCUUCAGCAGGCAGCCACAGGUUAGUUCAUUAGUUAGUUAAUUCGUUAAUUUGUUAGUUACAGUGCAUUCGGAAAGUAUUCAGACCACUUGACUUUUUCCACAUUUUGUUAUGUUGCAGCCCUAUUCUAAAAUGGAUUUAUUUAUUUAUUUCCCUCAUCAAUGUACACACAAUACCCCAUAAUAACAAAGCAAAAACAGGUUUGUACAAAUGUCUAAAUGUAUCACAUUUACAUAAGUAUUCAGACCCUUUACUCAUUACUUUGUUGAAGCACCUUUGGCAGCGAUUACAGCCUCAUGUCUUCUUGGGUAUGACGCUACAGGUUUGGCACACCUGUAUGUGGGGAGUUUCUCCCAUUCUUCUCUGCAGAUCCUCUCAAGCUCUGUCAGGGUGGAUGGGGAGAGCCGCUGAAUGGGGAGAGCACAGCUAUUUUCAGGUCUCUCCAGAGAUGUUCGAUCGGGUUCAAGUCCGGGCUCUGGCUGGGCCACUCAAGGACAUUCAGAGACUUGUCCCGAAGCCACUCCUGCGUUGUCUUAGCUGUGUGCUUAGGAUUGUUGUCCUGUUGGAAGGUUAACCUUCACCCCAGUCUGAGGUCCUGAGCGCUCUGGAGCAGGUUUUCAUCAAGGAUCUCUCUGUACUUUGCUCCAUUCAUCUUUCCCUCGAUCCUGACUAGUCUCCCAGUCCCUGCCACUGAAAAACAUUCUCACAGCAUGAUGCUGCCACCACCAUGCUUCACUGUAGAGAUGGUGCCAGGUUUCCUCCAGACGUGACACUUAGCAUUCAAAGAGUUCAAUCUUGGUUUCAUCAGACCAGAGAAUCUUGUUUCUCAUGGUCUGAGAGUCUUUAGGUGCCUUUUGGCAAACUCCAAGCGAGCUGUCAUGUGCCUUUUACUGAGGAGUGACUUCCGUCUGGCCACUCUACCAUAAAGGCCUGAUUGGUGGAGUGCUGCAGAGAUGGUUGUCCUUCUGGAAGGUUCUCCCAUCUCCACAGAGGAACUCUGGAGCUCUGUCAGAGUGACCAUUGGGUUCUUGGUCACCUCCCUGACCAAGGCCCUUCUUCCCCGAUUGCUCAGUUUGGCCAGGCGGCCAGCUCUAGGAAGAGUCUUGGUGGUUCCAAACUUCUUCCAUUUAAGAAUAAUGGAGGCCACUGUGUUCUUGGGGACCUUCAAUGCUGCAAACAUGUUUUGGUACCCUUCCCCAGAUCUGUGCCUCGAUAUAAUCCUGUCUCUGAGCUCUACGGACAAUUCCUUCAACCUCAUGGCUUGGUUUGUGCUCUGACAUGCACUGUCAACUGUGGGACAUUAUAUAGACAGGUGUGUGCCUUUCCAAAUCAUGUCCAAUCAAUUGAAUUUACCACAGGUGGACUCCAUUCAGGUUGUAGAACAUCUCAAGGAAGAUCAAUGGAAACAGGAUGCAUCUACACUCAAUUUCAAAGGGUCUGAAUACUAAUAUUGUAUUUUAUUUGUAAUAAAUGUUAUAACAUUUAUAAAAACCAGUUUUCGCUUUGUCAUUGUUGGGCAUUAUUGUGUGUAGAUUGAUGAGGAUAUAUUUUUAAAAAUCCAUUUUAGAAUAAGGCUGUAACGUAACAAAAUGUGGAAAAAGUCAAGGGGUCUGAAUACUUUCUGAAUGCACUGUAGUUAGUUAGUUAGUUCGUUAGUUAGUUCGUUAGUUAGUUAGUUCGUUAGUUAGUUAGUUAAUUAGUUAGUUAGUACAGACUGUGCUUCUUUGAAUUUCUUUCAUUAGUCCAUUGUUGAUAUUGUCCCAAAAUGUUUUGCCUGUCAGCAAUCAAGUUUUCAUGAUACAGUAUAUAACUUUCAAAAUACAGAAAUACAUCCGGUAUUAUGCAUUUUGCGUCAUAUGAUGCUGCGUUUUACAUCAUAUGAUGCAAAAUGCAACAUACGGCUGUAUUUCUGUAUUUUGAAAGUUAUAUACAGUACCAGUCAAAAGUUUGGACACACCUACUCAUUCAAGGGUUUUUCUUUAUUUGUACUUUUUUCUACAUUGUAGAAAAAUAGUGAAGACAUCAAAACUAUGAAAUAACACAACAUUUUGGGACUGUAUUAACAAUGGACUAAUGAAACAAAUACCGAAUACCUUUAAAUGUCAUGGACAGUUUCCUGGGCAGAUACGAUCUGCACGCUGCAGCAGACACCUCUGAAUUACUCUUUACUGUCUUAGUGUUCCCCUCUCAUUGGCUAGUACUCUCAUUGGCUAGUACUCUCAUUGGCUAGUACUCUCAUUGGCUAGUACUCUCAUUGGCUAGUACUCUCAUUGGCUAGUACUCUCAUUGGCUAGUACUCUCAUUGGCUAGUACUCUCUGUAUUUUAAUCUUCUGAUGAUGUGGAUAACGCAGGCUCAGAAAGAAACUCUUACAUUUAACAUUGUAGUCAUUUAGCAGACGCUCGUCACCAGAGCGACUUACAGUUAGUGAGCGCAUACAUUUUUCAUACUGCAUACUCUUAGAGAGCGGAGUGGCCAUGCCCUCACACACAGGUUGAAGAGUGCCAACAUCACCCAGCCUCACCCCUUGUUUUUGAUGAACCAGUUACUCCUCUGGCUGUGGGAUCAUUAUGUAUCAACAGGGUGCUUCAGACUAGAGAGCGUUGAGGAUAGAGGCAGCAUACCAAGAUAUAGCUGCGCUCAUAGUACAAUUUAGGCUAAGAAAAUGUACAUUUUGGGGGAUUUACCUAAUACAUUAAAGUUUCGCUUGUAUUGGCACCUACAGUUAAUAGCAAUAAAAAAAUAUCAACUCUAAACGUAGAUUUGUAUGUUUCGUAUGAGUUAGAUACAGGCUAUGACAUCAUUGGUUAUUCCAAAUGCCUGUCCUGUUGGAUAUGUUUUACACGAGUUGGAUAAGUAACAUCAUUGGUUAUUCCACUGUCUCUAAGCCUGUUGGAUAUGUUUUACACGAGUUGGAUAAGUAACAUCAUUGGUUAUUCCACUGUCUCUAAGCCUGUUGGAUAUGUUUUACACGAGUUGGAUAAGUAACAUCAUUGGUUAUUCCACUGUCUCUAAGCCUGUUGGAUAUGUUUUACACGAGUUGGAUAAGUAACAUCAUUGGUUAUUCCACUGUCUCUAAGCCUGUUGGAUAUGUUUUACACGAGUUGGAUAAGUAACAUCAUUGGUUAUUCCACUGUCUCUAAGCCUGUUGGAUAUGUUUUACACGAGUUGGAUAAGUAACAUCAUUGGUUAUUCCACUGUCUCUAAGCCUGUUGGAUAUGUUUUACACGAGUUGGAUAAGUAACAUCAUUGGUUAUUCCACUGUCUCUAAGCCUGUUGGAUAUGUUUUACACGAGUUGGAUAAGUAACAUCAUUGGUUAUUCCACUGUCUCUAAGCCUGUUGGAUAUGUUUUACACGAGUUGGAUAAGUAACAUCAUUGGUUAUUCCGCUGUCUCUAAGCCUGUUGGAUAUGUUUUACACGAGUUGGAUAAGUAACAUCAUUGGUUAUUCCACUGUCUCUAAGCCUGUUGGAUAUGUUUUACACGAGUUGGAUAAGUAACAUCAUUGGUUAUUCCACUGUCUCUAAGCCUGUUGGAUAUGUUUUACACGAGUUGGAUAAGUAACAUCAUUGGUUAUUCCACUGUCUCUAAGCAUGUUGGAUAUGUUUUACACAAGUUGGAUAAGUAACAUCAUUGGUUAUUCCACUGUCUCUAAGCCUGUUGGAUAUGUUUUACACGAGUUGGAUAAGUAACAUCAUUGGUUAUUCCACUGUCUCUAAGCCUGUUGGAUAUGUUUUACACGAGUUGGAUAAGUAACAUCAUUGGUUAUUCCGCUGUCUCUAAGCCUGUUGUGCUGUGUGGUUGUGUCCUGUGGAUCAGCGUUAUACUGCUGGCCUGGUGGAGCCAGAGAGCAGCAGGGGCUCUGACCUAUCCGAUAUCCUGGAGGAAGAGGAGGACGACCUCUACUCCGACCCCCCUGGACCCGCCAUGCCCCGGGGGUACACCACCGGAGCUAACAGGGUAAACACUCACCACACACAGCUGAUCUGACUCAUCUUUGCUGUGGAGGACAGCCUCUGCUUUUGUUACAUUUGCUUUAUUUCUUCUUUCACUCUUGAAUUCACUCCCCGUUUUGAUUCAUUUUGUUUUCUUUUUCUUUGUACGCCUCUCCUUUGUACGUCACACUCCACCCUCACUCUUCACUGUUUCCUUCUGUCACCCUGCCCACCACUCCACCCUCACUCUUCACUGUUUCCUUCUGUCACCCUGCCCACCACUCCACCCUCACUCUUCACUGUUUCCUUCUGUCACCCUGCCCACCACUCCACCCUCACUCUGUCACCCUGCCCACCACUCCACCCUCACUCUUCACUGUUUCCUUCUGUCACCCUGACACCACUCCACCCUCACUCUUCACUGUUUCCUUCUGUCACCCUGCCCACCACUCCACCCUCACUCUUCACUGUUCCAUCUGUCACCCUGCCCACCACUCCACCCUCACUUUGUCACCCUGCCCACCACUCCACCCUCACUCUUCACUGUUCCUUCUGUCACCCUGCCCACCACUCCACCCUCACUUUGUCACCCUGCCCACCACUCCACCCUCACUCUUCACUGUUUCCUUCUGUCACCCUGCCCACCACUCCACCCUCACUCUGUCACCCUGCCCACCACUCCACCCUCACUCUGUCACCCUGCCCACCACUCCACCCUCACUCUGUCACCCUGCCCACCACUCCACCCUCACUCUGUCACCCUGCCCACCACUCCACCCUCACUCUUCACUGUUCCUUCCUGACCUCCUAUCUCUAUCCAACCUCCUACCACAUCCAACCUUCGUACCGUCAACCUGUUACACCCCCUCCUCGAUGACCCUUGACCCAUGAACCCUGUAGCCAGACCAGUGGGAGGUGCCGGACAGUGACGAGGAGAUUGUGGAGAGGAUCCUGAAGCUUCCUCCUCAGGCCCAGACUCAGGCGUACCACUACAAUCACGAUCAUCAUCACCAUAACAUGCACCUGUUCAGCAUCCCAGAGGUCACUGAUGAAGAGGACAACAGCGUGGACGAGGACUAUAAUCACCGUCGCACCCGCAAAGCACAAUCCCAGCAGACACAACCCGAUGCCCCCCCCCGCCCCGACAACCCAACCAUCUUACAGAUAUCUCUCUCUCGAUCGCUCUGUCAGAAGUAUAGUACUAGUACAACAGGUCUUCUCUACUGCAGUCAGUCAGAUGACCAGCGCGUUUAGGGCAGGGGGGACAGUACUAUAACAGGGAUAGGGUGAUAGGGGAGAGUGAGCAAGCGACCGCUAAGAUAAAAACCAGCUUAACUCCAAAAUGGCUCGUCAUGACAACUAUGAAGAUGGUAACCUAGAUUAGUCUGCAGUGAAACCAACUAAGCAUGAAGAUGGUAACCUAGAUUAGUCUGCAGUGAAACCAACUAAGCAUGAAGAUGGUAACCUAGAUUAGUCUGCAGUAGGUGGAAGAACAAAGAACAUGCAGAUGGAUACACAGGACACUCUUCACAUGCACCCAGCGAGACUAGAGAGAAGGGUGGUAUCAGGGAAGACCGUGUUCCCACAUCCAGACAAUAUAAACGGGGUCUACUUUCCCCUGUCAGCUCGGCUCUGCCUAUAGCCUGACUGUAGCUACAUACAGAUGGACUAAUCCUCCCCUAAUGAGAUAGAACCUGGUCUCAUUGGAGCAUCUUAAGCCCUAGUUCACUAGAACAGUUCGCAUGUAGGUCUAGGUAAUCAGUCAUCAUGGUCACUACAUCACAUAGACAGACAGCCCUGUGGUUAGACCAGGUAAUCAGUCAUCAUGGUCACUACAUCACAUAGACAGACAGCCCUGUGGUCAGACCAGGUAAUCAGUCAUCAUGGUCACUACAUCACAUAGGACAGACAGCCCUGUGGUAGACCAGGUAAUCAGUCAUCAUGGUCACUACAUCACAUAGACAGACAGCCCUGUGGUCAGACCAGGUAAUCAGUCAUCAUGGUCACUACAUCACAUAGACAGACAGCCCUGUGGUCAGACCAGGUAAUCAGUCAUCACGGUCACUACAUCACAUAGACAGACAGCCCUGUGGUCAGACCAGGUAAUCAGUCAUCAUGAUCACUACAUCACAUGGACAGACAGCUCUGUGGUCAGACCAGGGUAAUCUAUGUCAUUUUCACGGUCAACUACAUCACAUAGACAGACAGCCCUGUGGUCAGACCAGGUAAUCAGUCAUCUUCAUCACUACAUCACAUAGACAGACAGCCCUGUGGUCAGACCAGGUAAUCAGUCAUCUUCAUCACUACAUCACAUAGACAGACAGCCCUGUGGGUCAGACCAGGUAAAUCAGUCAGUUCAUCAAUCCAUAUAUAGACAGACAGCCCUGUGGUCAGACAGGUAACAGUCAUCUUCAUCACUACAUAACAUAGACAGACAGCCCUGUGUCAGACCAGGUAUAUUCACCAAUCAUCAUAGACAGACAGCCCUGUGGUCAGACCAGGUUAAUCAGUCAUAUAGACAGACAGCCUGUGGUCCAGCAGGUAAUCAGUAUCUAUCACUACAUCAGUAGACAGGACAGCCCUGUGGUCAGACCAGGGGUAAUCAGUCAUCAUAGACAGACAGCCCUGGUUGUGGUCAGACAAGGGUAAUCAUCAUCAUGGUCACUACAUCAGAUAGACGACAGCCUGUGGUCAGACCAGGUAAUCGUCAUCAUAGAAGGACAGCCCUGUGGUCCGAAAGGUGGUAUCAGUCAGCAAGACAGACAGCCCUGUGGUCAGACCAGGUAAUCAAUCAUCAUAGACAGACAGCCCUGAUGAUGUAACAUCUUCUUACUGUAUCAACACCGCACACACGACUUCAGGACAGAUGUUUAGGCCAUGUCCUUAAGGCAUAUGAAGCCUACAGUAUAAAUUGACUUUUAAUAUCACUACAAGCUCUGUGAUGUAUGUGCAUCUAUGUCUCCACUGUGUGCACAUCAGUGGAGGCUGUUGAGGGGAGGACAGCUCAUAAUAAUGUCUGGAAUGGAGCGAAUGGAAUGGACAUCAAACCAUUCAGUAUUUGCUCCAGCUGUUACCACGAGCCCGUCCUCCCCACUUUAAGGUGCCACCAACCCCCUGUGGUGUACUUUCUGUGUUGUUGCUGUUAAUGUAAAACCACAUCCAGAGAUGAUUUUUGAAGAGUAGCGAGGGAAGGGAAUGGUGUGGAAAGGAUAGGUUGGUGGCGGUGUGGUUGGAGGUAAUCUAUUACGGAAAGAAGAAGAGAGGAAAGAUGAAAAAGGGCAGAGAAGGAUAAAGAGGAAGAGAGGAAGAGAGAAAGGAGGAAGAGAGGAAAAAGAGGAAAAGAGGAAAAGAGAAGAGAGGCAAAGUAGGAAGAGGAUGGCAAGAGGGAAGCGGGACGAGCGCACGAGAGGAAAAGAGGAAGAAGAUAGAGAAAAGGAGUGCAGAUGA